AUGACCAUCAACUACACAUGAUCUCAACACCACCACCAGUCUCAUCGCGCAAAUUUCCUACAAUACUUCAAUAUCCGGGCAGUUAUCUGUGAUUCUGGAAGCGGCUCGCCGUCAAGACAACGAAAACAGAGCAAAAUCUCUCAAUAUGUGGGCUGGUAGGCAUCAACAUUGCCCUUCGCCUUAGUAGUCCAACCCACCGUAUGCAACCAUGGGACAGGGCUUCUCCCUCACCACCCUCUCGGCUGGCUCCGCCAACAUCGAUGUGCCGGAGCUUGCUGACCUGCAAUAUGAGAAAUCUCUGGGCGCGGCCCGAUUUAUGAAAGCCGUUAGGGCACGGCAUAAAGAUGGUUUGGUCGUGGCACGAGUGGUCAUGAAGCCAUAUGCACAGUUCAACUUUGAAGUCUACGUCAAACGCCUUCUUAACGAACGCAAGGUGCUCGCCGAAGUCCCUAAUGCUCUGGCUUAUCACCGUAUCAUCGAAACGGCUGCAUGUGGCUAUCUUGUUCGCCAAUACAUCCAUAGUUCGCUGUACGACCGACUGAGCACACGUCCCUUCCUGGAAGAAAUAGAAAAGAAAUGGCUCUCUUUCCAGCUACUUUGCGCGGUACGAGAUUGUCAUGCCAGAAACAUAUUCCAUGGCGACAUUAAGACUGAAAAUGUUCUGGUCACGUCCUGGAACUGGCUGUAUCUCACAGAUUUCUCAUCAGGAUACAAGCCAGCACAUCUUCCCGAAGACAAUCCUGCCGACUUCUCUUUCUACUUCGACUUAUCUGGACGCCGCACCUGCUAUCUGGCUCCUGAGAGAUUUCUGGCCGCUGGCCAACAGCCGGAAGGAGAAGGAGACGUGAAUUGGGCCAUGGAUAUCUUCAGUGUGGGAUGCGUCAUUGCUGAACUUUUCCUUGAAGCGCCUAUUUUCUCAUUGAGUCAGCUCUUCAAGUAUCGACAAGGCGACUACAAUCCUGAGCAGGCCUAUCUUGGCAAGAUUCAAGACGUGCAUGUACGAGAGCUCAUAAUGCAUAUGAUCCAAGUGGAUCCAAAUUCGAGAAUGUCUGCCGAUGACUACCUCACGCACUGGAAAGAUAAGGUCUUCCCUAGUUAUUUCUAUGGGUUUCUGCAGCAUUACAUGUAUUCAAUUACAGACCCGUCGUCAGGACGCAAACCGGUCACAACCAGCGUGGAGCAUCUUGGGGAACCAGAUGAAAGGAUAGAGCAGAUCUACAACGACUAUGACAAGAUCUCUCAUCUUUUGUCAAAUAAUUCAGGGAAAGAACUAGCCCGAACCCAGAUCUCGCCUCCGAAACCAAAUGCUAAGCUGUUUCCGCUCUACGUGGAUAUUCCGAACUAUCAGCAUCAAGCAUCGCCAACGCAAAGCCUUACAAUAGAUGACGGCAACCUGAUCUUUCUAACAAUAGUCGUUCCCUGCCUUCGCGGCACGGCAAGAGCCUCAGCUCGUGUUCGAGGACUAGAGCUUCUUAUGGCCUUUUCAGAAUACUUGACAGACGAGGCGAAGUUGGAUCGUGUGAUACCAUACGUGGCCCAGCUAUUGACCGACAAGUCAGAGCAGGUCAAAAUCGCCGCUCUAAGGACCUUGACCCAGAUUUUGGCAAUGGUGCAAGUUGUUUCUCCAAUCAAUGCAUACAUCUUCCCAGAGUAUGUGCUACCGCGUCUGGAAGCCUACCUUCCAGACUCUGCAACUGCUACCAAGCCUCUCGUUCGAAUGCAGUACGCUUUGUGCAUUGGUACACUGGCUACCACGGCAGCGAGAUAUCUUGACAUGAUCCAGGCGUUACGAGCGGAAGGAUCGUUACCAACAGCCGAUCCAGAAACAGAAGAUGAUCUGUCUUCGUCUGCUCAUCGAAACCAGUUCGAUUCAGAUCGACAGAUACUGCUUGAAGCGUUCGAAAAGCAUACCAAAGCCCUUCUCACAGACUCGGACGCUUCUGUUCGACGAGCUAUGCUUCGAUCUGUGUCUGAUCUUUGUGUCUUCUUUGGUAGUCCCAAGGCGAACGACGUCGUUCUCAGCCACCUGAACACGUACCUCAAUGAUCCGGACUGGAUGCUCAAGUGCGCUUUUUUCGAAGCCAUCGUUGGGGUCGCCGUGUUUGUGGGUGGUGCAAGCUUAGAGGGCUAUAUUCUACCGCUUAUGGUACAAGCACUGACAGACCCCGAGGAAUUCGUAGUCGAAAAGGUCAUCCGAGCUCUAUCUUCAAUGGCGGAGCUUGGGUUGUUUCAACGCUCCAAGACAUGGGAAUUGGUAGACAUUGUGGCUCGGCUUACGAUGCAUCCAAAUCUCUGGGUUCGGGAAGCAGCCGCACAGUUCAUCUCAGCUGCCUCAAAGUACCUGUCCGUGGCCGAUACGCACAGUAUCCUGGUCAACCUUAUCAGACCGUAUCUCAAAGUGGUUCCUUCGGAGUUCUCGCAACUCCGAAUUCUUGAAUCUUUGAAGAAACCUUUCACGAAACUACUCAUGGAAAUGGCUUCAAACUGGGCCUCACAAGCACAGAAAGGCCUGUUCUGGGCUCCUGCCAGGCAACAACAGACGUUUACCUUUGGUUCGACUGAUGACACUAUACCCACAAUUUCCGGUCGGGAGCUAGGCCAGAAAGCGCUGCAGAAGAUACCAAAGAACGAAGAAGAUGAGUUGUGGCUGCGAAAGUUACGGAGCGCAGGUAUGACGCAAGAAGACGAAUUCAAGCUUGUCGCUUUACGGGAGUUUAUCUGGAGAGUAACACGCCGUCGGCGCUCUGAUAGUCUUUCAACAGCUCCUGCGAAGUUCAACGACAUUGUUGCUUUGAAGGAUUUAGGAAUCAAUGCGCUUACUGUUCUUUUUGACGAGAAUGUACGGCAGACUGUUGAAGAAACACGGAAAACCGAUCGGCAUUCGGAAAGCGCUACGCAGCCUCGGACCAUUCGUGAUGCAUUGCUAGACGCUUCAACUACCGAAGCUGAUGCGUUGGCUCUACGCAUCCCACACGUCGAAGACCAAGCAGGAAGACUGGCACGUGAAGUGACCGGCACCCGCCGAAUGUCCAUUUCAUCGCGCUUGAGGUUGUCGUCUUCUCCAAAUGAUGUACGGUCUGUCGUAGGCUCUCCGACGUCUGAGGCCAGUAUACGAAGAAGGUCACUACAGAUUCACAGAGGCUCACCGACCAUCCAAUCACCCACUGGUUCCCUGGGUGCUGGUGACUAUAUGUCCGAACUUCACCACCGACCUAGUGCUCUAGCUCUGCUUAUCAAAGGCGAAACAAAAGCUUUACCUGAGACUGGAACAACAUCCGCCAACGCAUUUGGAAAGGUCGACGGAGUACAUGUGCGAGAGUCGUCUCGCUCUCGUCAGCCUUUGUCACCUCUUGCUGUUGAGCGACCCACGCGAAGUCCUUCCCGGAUACGGUUCCGUAGCGCACACAACUACACUGGUAACGAUCCUACAGUCUUAAAACUUCUGGAUUCGAUGCUCUCAGAACGUUUCCCUUCUGGCGAGGUAGAGUUUGGUCCUCGUAUCCAACCAGCCCUUCGGCGAUUGCCCAUCAAGCACAAGGAUCCUCACCAAUCGCCUGCAGGGACUCCAUGGCGACCUGAAGGUACGCUGGUGGCAAGCUUUGGGGAACAUACGGCUGCGGUAAAUCGGAUACUGGUCUCUCCAGACCAAGGCUUUUUCGUCACUAGUUCGGAUGACGGAAGUGUGAAGAUUUGGGACACAUCGCGUCUAGAGCGCAACGUUACAAGACGAUCCCGCCAGACAUACAGGCUAGGGGACGAUGUCAAAGUGACAAGUCUCGUGUUUGUUGAACAGACCCACUCGUUCGUUGCAACGGGCAGUGACGGAAGUGUGCAUGUAGUGCGAGUCGACUACUUCCAAGGAAACGAUGGGAGCAACAAAUUUGGACGGCCACGCCUUCUCCGCGAGUACCAGCUUCCAAAGGGCGACCAUGCGGUGUGGUCGGAACACUACAAUCAAGACAACAAGUCCGUCCUCAUGCUAGCUACCAACACAUCGAAGAUCAUCGCAAUCGAUUUGAAAGUCAUGGAAGAACUCUUCACGUUGGAAAAUCCCCUCAACCACGGCACACCGACAUGCUUCAGCGUCGACCAGAAAGCGCACUGGCUGAUACUCGGGACCUCUCAUGGCGUUCUCGAUCUCUGGGACCUCCGUUUCAAGCUUCGCCUCAAAGCCUGGGUAUGUCACGGUGCAUCACCUAUACAUAGACUCUAUCUCGUGCCACACCGCAAAAGAACGCGACUAUACAUCGCAGGCGGCACUGGCCAAGGCGAAGUCAUCGUCUGGGACUUUGAGAAGCUUGUCUGCAAGGAAGUUUAUCGCACUGGUGCAUGUAAAGACAUUGGUACGAAGAGCACGACACUCAUCGACCUGGAUGAAGAGAAACCAGGCGGCAUGCUAGGCCGUUUCGCAACCAGUCUUGAGCCCACGGCAAACUCGACUCCAGACCGCGGCAUUUGCGCACUCACUGUGCACACACAGACUGUAGACGACAAAGCCGAAUCGAAACACACUUUCCUCAUCACCGCUGGCCCAGACUGGAAGAUCCGCUACUGGGACACGAAUCGUCCCGAAACAUCGAUGGUCGUCAACGGUUUGGAAGCCGAUGAAGCAAAACCUCAGUACAACUCUAGCCAGCCAACCCCUGAUACUAUGGUUGUAACGGAACGGUUGUCGCAAGUUCCUGGAGGCAGUAGCAGUGGCGACAGGGCAGGAAUUAGGGAUAGCCGGAGCUCGACUACAUCGACUAGGAAGACGCCGCAGAAGUCGUCGCGUUCGGGAUUGAUUUCGCUACAGCAGCAACACCUGCUCAAGAGUCAUCUGGAUAGUAUCACGGAUGUGGCAUUGAUUGAGCAGCCGUAUGGGAUGGUGGUUUCUGCGGAUCGGUCGGGAGUUGUGUACAUGUUUAUGUAGAGGUAGUUGGUGGGUUCGGGACGUAGGUGUCGUCUUGAUAUAUGGCAGUAUUCUGUUUUGUGUUUCGCGUGUUUGUUCUAGCUUAUGUAGUUGACCUGCGUACGCCCAGCAAAUCCAUAAUUGAAGUAUCAGUUGGUUGGGCAUGCAUCCACAUAGGAUAUCUUUCUUUUCAACUAUAGUUUUCAAUUUCAAAAGUAAAAGUGGGUUCAUAUCUGUAACUAAUAUUGCUGAUAGACUGACUGAUAUGCAUACCCAACUCUGUAUGCCAUGUGGCGGCUGGAUGGAAGUGGUCUGACGCUUUAUCUUCACCUAUGUUUCCUACCUAUUCACUUCUUACUCAGAGCCCUUCAAGAGUGUACAGAAAGAGCACAACGCUGUCAUAGAGGACGUUCUAUGUCGGUUGAAAUUAGGGGACAAAUAUUCAGCGUGACAAAUGUGACUCCUAUGAAGUUAAGAGAAAUAUACGUAAACACCAAAACGAU